CGUGCGCACCAGGAUCCAGCUGCAGGUCUCUGCACGCGCAUCUGCACGAGGUGAGGGAGAAAUGGAGGCCCCGGCUUCGACCGCUGCAGCCACCGCAACCGCAACGUCAACGUCGACUCCAGAGACCCCGACGGCCCUGGAGCAGUUGGACGAAGAGCAGAUUAAAAAGGCAGUGGAAGUUCUGUUGACACAUACCAAGACCAGGAAGAAUGCUGAUGGCUUGCUCCUGAAUGAAAAUGAAAAUUUCUUUUUAAUGGUGGUCUUAUGGAAAAUUCCAAGUAAAGAACUGAGGGUCAGAUUACCUUUGCCUCAUAGUAUUCGAUCAGAUUUAGCAGACGUUUGUUUAUUUACCAAGGAUGAACCCGAUUCAACUCCUGAGAAAACGGAAGGUUUUUAUAGGAAGCUUUUGAACAAGCAUGGAAUUAAGACUGUUUCUCAGAUUAUUCCCUUUCGAACUUUAAAAACAGAGUAUAAAGCCUACGAAGCCAAGCGCCGCCUCUUGACUAGCUUUGACUUCUUCCUCACUGAUGCAAGAAUUAGGCGGCUUUUGCCCACACACCUGGGGAGACAUUUCUACCACAGAAAGAAAUUUCCAGUGCCUGUAAACCUACUGGCCAAGAAUUUAUCCAAAGAGAUCAAUGAAUCUAUAGGAGGAACUGUCCUAAACAUCUCUAAAAGUGGUUCUUGCAGUGCGAUCCGCGUCGGCCACACUGGAAUGCAGGCUCCGCACAUCAUCAAAAACAUCAUGGCGGUCACCAAGGGGCUCGCACAGAAGUUGCCAGAGAAGUGGGAGAGCGUGAAACUCUUGUAUGUGAAAACGGAAAGGUCUGCUUCUCUUCCCAUCUUUUCUUCAUUUGUCAGUGUUCAGGACGAAGCCAAAGGAGUGCGCACUCCUAGCCAAAAGAAAAAGGAAGCAAGAAAGCAACAAAGGCGAAAAGAAUAUCUGCAAAAGAAGCGGCUUGAGAAAGAGGCUGCUGACGCUCCUGCGGCCCUAACUAAAGCUGAGGAGGCCCCUAAGGCCAGCGGCACUCCAGCAAAGGGCCCUAAGCCCCAGAAGGCAGGGACCCCAAAGCGCAACAAGAAGAAGACGGGUGCAGGGAAGGCUGCACUGAAAGUGCAGGGCGAAUCAGAAGAAGAGAUCCCAGUACUGGUACCAAUCGGGGAAACGCCUGUUAAAGAAAACGGAGAGAUGCAAAAGCAGGCCACAGGAAAGAAGUCUAAGAAAAAGAGUCCUGGUCCCAAUACACCUCGAGGGAAAAAGAGAAAGGCUGUUUCUGCUGUGGAGACCCCGAAAGCCGAAGAGCCCAAAACCUUGGGGAAAGGCCCGGGGAAGAAGCCGAAAAUUGUUAAAGAAGCAGCAGAGAAAGAAAGAAGCACUCCGAUGGGGAAAAAAGACCCAAGACCAACUCCCAAAAAGCCGGAGGCCAAAUUCUUCGCUACUCCCAGUAAAUCUGCCAAAAAAAACCAAACCCCCAAACAAUCUACCAAAAAGCCCAAAGUGCCCUCAAAUCAGUAACUCCGCCGGGGGGAGCAGCGUAGGAGCUACCCACAGGGCUUUUAACAUACCUGUCGUGACCCCUGUAGCCCUCUCUGCGCGAGACCCGAACUUAAACCUAGUGUCAGACCUCUGCGCGUCUCUGAUGUGUGUUCCUGAGUGUGAGAACCAGUAGUUUGAAGUAAAUCCAUUUUCUAAUUGCUCUUUUGUGUAUUUAAUAUAACAGAGGGGAAAUACAGUGUUUCUCUGUGGUUGUACUUUUAUUACUAAAAUGGACAUUUGCUUUGAGUAUACCUUUGGCAUUCCAUAUUGGCUUUACUUGAAUGCCAGGGAUGUGACUUCAUUUCUUCUGGUUGUACUGAGUUGAGGUGUGAGUGACAUUCACUUCGGGUAGCAUUUAUACAUGAUGCGAGGCACCAUAGUGAGUGUAUGUCACAUCUGUCACCACGUGUGCUCACAAAAUAAACCACUUAGCUGCACAAGCUUCAUUACUCGGGUUUGCUCAGACAUCCCUACAGCUUGUCAGGAUGCCUUUAAGGGCUCCCUGCAUCAGCAGCAAGACGGGCCGGGCCUCAUGGCUUUUUGGUGGUAUCAAACUUGACUUCCAGCAGGUUCAGACUGGGCCUGCAUUCCUGCUGAGGGCAGGAAAGGCCGAAGGGAGCUUCCAGAGGUCUCAUUCAGAAGCAAGGAGUGAUCCGCUCACCUUGGAUAAAUUGAGACAGCUUGCUUUUUAGUGGCACAAAUCAAUAAAACCAUUAACUUUUUAAAUGAC